AAAACCGAAGCGAGUUUGCAUAGAGUUAGUGCUGUUAUAAUAUACUGUACGGUGAGAUCUCACAGGAUACCGGUUAUACUGUAAAUAAAGCAAAAACACUUCGUCUGCUAAACGUUGAAGUUCACAAUGUUGCCAUUAUCUCUGCUGAGAACUGCGCAAAACCACCCCAUGUUGGUGGAGUUGAAGAAUGGGGAAACAUAUAACGGACAUCUUGUCGCUUGUGACAAUUGGAUGAAUAUUAACCUCAGAGAGGUCAUUUGCACAUCAAGGGAUGGAGACAGAUUUUGGAGGAUGCCUGAAUGCUACAUACGAGGCAGCACUAUCAAGUACCUCCGCAUUCCAGAUGAGGUAAUAGACAUGGUCAAGGAGGAAGUGGUCGCCAAGGGACGUGGCAGGGGCGGAGGUCAACAAAGAGGGCGUGGUAGAGGUGGACCAGGAAGAGGAGGAACGUUCGGCCGAGGAGGUGGGCGUGGAGGUCGUGGAGGCAACAGGGGAGGAAGGGGAGGAGGUGGGGGUGGUGGUGGUGGACCCCCGUUGCGUUAG